AAACCAUAGCCAGCAGUUGUCGCCAUGGCUGGUAUUGAUAGUCCUUCCCAUUCUCAACACCAACAGCAUGACGAUGCCGACGGCUUUCUGAACAAAGAUCCAAACCCCACUGAACCCCAAGAAGCUGAAUCAUCACCACAGCAACAACCACCACAUUCUGAAACCCUAGAAACCCUAGAUCCUCCGAACCCACUACAAUCUGCCGUCGAUGAUCAAGGAGCUCAGAAUCUUCAACAGCCAGACGAAGACACCUUCUUUGUUCUUGAUGGAGACGAUCAACAAUUGGAACAAAAAAUUGAUCAUCAAUCAGGUACGACACAUGCUACUCUUCCCGAACCAAUCAUACUUACCGACGACACCACCAACCCAUCUCCACCACCAGCACCACCACUCACCUCACCAAUCAACCCCCAGCGCCGCCCCAACAAGCGCAAGAAAGCCACCAGCCGUAACCUCUAUAAACGUAAGAAUUCGCUGAAGAAAGUUCAAAACCUAAUCGACAUCCUAAGCCCCAUCUCUUUUAUACCCACAAAAGCACUAGCUUUCGAAAAACAUAAGGAGGUUUUAAAGCGAUUGGGGUUAUUGGAUUUUAGCAAAAUCGAGUUUGACCGUAGCAUUAGAACAGAUCUUGUUGCUCAGUUGAUUGUGAAUUAUGAUCCAAAGAAGCGCUGUAGUUACGUGAAUGAUUUUAGGAUCAAUGUGAAUAGGGCUGAUUUGGCUAGGGCUUUAAAGCUGCCUGCCACAAAGCAAGAGAAGGGAAGCAGUAAUGUGGAGGAGGUGGAUUUGGAUUCAGAGGUGUUUUCAGAUGAGGCAAUUGGGUUCAUUGAGGAUUUCGUUUCAAAUUGGAUGCUUUUACAUGAUGAUUCAUGGGUUAUGCCGACAGAGAUAGUGAAUUGGACUAGGUGUAUUAAAGAUGGUCAUCCUGAGAAAAUGGAUUCUGCUAGUUUGAUAUGGAAUAUGGUGGAGAAGGAGUUGAAUCAAAGAGAUAAGCUUGUCAAUUGUUACUAUGCAUCACAUUUGCAAUACUUGAUAAGAUCACAGCGUGUUGAAAUUUUCGAGCCGGAGAUGGAGGUGGAAGAAGUCAAGGAUGAUGAUGAUGGUGAUGGUGUAGCCGAUGAUGUGGUUGCUGAUGAUGGUGAGGAAAAUGUGAAAGCGGAAGAGAAAGAAGAAAAGGAAGAGAAAGAAGAAAAAGAAGAGAAUGAAGAAACAGGAGAGAAAGAAGAGAAAGUUUCUGUAGUUCAAGAGCACAAUAUUGAGUUGACUUUAGGGCCAGAUGUGGAGGAAAUAGUGCAUGGAAAUGUUACGAAGGAUGAUGAGCUAAUGAUAGAUGCUGAAGAAUGCAAGGAGGAGGAAAUGGAGGAACAGGGGAACUGGCUUUUGGAUGAGAAGAACGAUUUGGGUGAGCAUUUUUUGCAGCGUUGUCAAAGUAGUGAUUUGAAUGGUUAUGAGGAAAGAAAGCCCGAGGAUGUUGAAGAUGAACAAAUUGAACAAGUGGAGGAUGAAGAUGAAGAAGAAGAAGAAGCUGGUGAAAGGGCAGAGGAUGGAUUUGACAUGGAAGCGAAUGAUGACUCAUUGGACAGGGAUGGGUUGACCGAUAAUUUUCUUCAAGGAGUUGAAACAUCUCAUAUUCCUUUUGGUUCUCAGGCCGAGCUUCGUGGGAUGUCUUCCAUGGAUCUAUUUGGAUCCAGAGAUGGUUCCUUUAUGGCUCAUGGAGGUCCUUCUUUCUUUGGUAAUGGUGGUAAGAGGGUGAUGGAGCCUGAAGAAGACAUACACCAUCUUGAUGGCAACAAUAAAAGGUUAAAGACUGAUGAAAUGUGGGAUCAGAAACAGAAUGAUUUCGGUUUUUGCAUGGAGCAAAUGCAACAAUGGAUGGAAAAAGCUAAGAUCCUUUACGAGUCAAAAGAACAAAGUUACGAAAACUCACACUAUAAUCAGCAAUUAGCAAUGAAUCAGCUGCAGGAGCGUCUUAAUAUGAUGGAAAUCUAUAUGAAGUCAAAGGAUGAAGAAAUAGAGAAAAAGCAUGCUGAAGUGUUUCGGCUUGAGCGCGAGCUUUAUCUGAUGGGGGAUCUUUUAGCAGGAUACAGAAAGGCGUUGAAUGAUACUCGAUUUAAAUUUUCUGAGUACAGAAAACGUCAUGCCCUUCACGAAGAGCCACUUUACAAGGACGCUGGCCCUGGUGGUCUCGUUUUGAGUACUAGAGAAUUAGAGAAACAACGCAUAAAGCAAGAAGAAGAUAGGGCGAGGUUUCUUAUGCUGGCAAAGACUCUUGAAGAAGAAUUUGUUUAUAAGUUGGGAAUGCAUCAUGAAAAAGUUUCGGCGAUGGUUGAUAAAUUGGUUUCUAUUGAGAAUGAAGUGAAAAAGCUCAAGGAAAUGUCUACACAACGCAAAGAGACUCGGAAGCCUUGGGAUGAACAUGAGUUAUCUGCCAAGCCUGAAGAGAAUCUAAAGCCUCGGGAUGAACAUGAGUCAUCUGCCAAGCCUGAAGAGAAUCUAAAGCCUCAGGAUGAACAGGUAUUUUCUGUCGAGCCUGAAGAGAAUCUAAAGCAUGGGGUUGAACAGGAAUUUUCUGCCGAGCCUGAAGAGACUCUAAAGUCGCCGGGUGAACAGAGAUUAUCUGCUGAGCCUGAAGAGAAUCAGAAGCCACUGGAUGAACAAGAAUUAUCUGCCGAGCCUGAAGAGAAUCAGAAGUCUCAGGAUGAAGUUCGAGAGAAGGACACUAUUAUGGAAAGUGUUUCACCUGAUACUACUAUUAUGGAAAGUGUUUCACCUGAUACUGAUGGACCAAAGGAAAAGGGAGGUGGUGAGGACUGAAUCAGGGAAGGAUGUUGGUGAUUUUUGUGCAGUGUCUGAACUCAGAUGGUAGUUUCAAUUGGUACAUCCUGCUUUUGUUUGGCAUUUUAAUGGUUGAAUGUAGGGUAGGUAGGGGGGUUAGGGACAUAUUUCAACAGUUGGUCAUCUGGUAAUCAAAAUGUAUCAUGGUAGGGUUUAUAUUAAAUCUUUUUCUUAUGUCUGAUUGAUGGUCCCGAACUCCCAUUCUGAUGUAAGAUUAGAUCAAACCGACAGCGGUUGAUUUAGUAUCCAUUGCAACUUUAGUUUUUGUUGGGCUUUGCAGCCGCAAAACGGAGGGUUUAAUACCAUCGCAUCAUGCUUUAUAACGAUGUUUUGAUGCUGUACCCACUAUUAUUCGAUGCAUCUAUACUUAUUGCCUAAAA